GACAGUUUUGUCAAGUUGUCAGUGGCAAAUACGAGAGGGGGUGACGAGGAAGAGAGGUCAGCCUAUGAUCAAUGGUAAACGUCUCGGGCUUCUUACAAUGGUAUGGACGAUUGUCUUGUGGAAAUGGGCGAAUCAAAUGGUUCAAAUGGUCGGAAAGCAAUUACAUGACUAAGAACAAGGUUAAAAACAAAUUUCAGCUUGGUCUUGCAAAGAGGAGGAACAUGUUCAAAGACUUAUGUUGCUUAUGGAGACAUAAUUAUGGAAGUUAUAUCAUGAUACUGACUGCACAUCUGGUUGCUGUUACACGGAGUGGGGUCGUGGCAGUGUGCGGAGAAGACAUAUACAUGAAUGGGAAGGAGGUCUGUCAUGAGAAUGAAGCUUCCACUUGUAGCGGAGAAAACUUUGCAACUCACAGUGGACUAUUUUAUUCUCAUUUGGCUCUAGUUUCUGUAGAGGUGUUGUUCCACUUCACAAGACCACCAGAGAUACAUCAAGUUACAGGGAUGAGGGUUUGAGCAGAGUGGAGGAACGUUAUGACAAAUGGGUAGUUCAGAGGCAACUUGCAUCUAUCUUUGCUCUCAAGUUUCUUGUAACCAAUUUCUACAAUCAAUAUAAUCAUAUUUCAACUUGUUCUUUGCUCUUACUGGUUUUGAUACUCAAAACCGUAUCAGGGUGCACCAAAAAUAAUUAAAUGACAGCACAGAAUAUACACUGGUUUACCAUAUCAGGCUUCCCUUUUGCCAUGUUAAGAUAAAGUCCCCCAAGGAAUUGUAAUGGUCAGCCAAAAAACUACCGAAUGAAUCUCACAAAGCGAUGAAGUCAAAUGAGAUCUAACAAAUUUCCUCAGAACCUUCAGGGCAACUGAAUAUAAUUAUGAAAACAUUUACAAUAUAUAUCUUCACAGUUCAAAACAAUUUUUGGUCCUCCACCAAAUCGGCAAGAUGUGGUGUGCUAAGUAUGUCUUUUCUCGAAAAAUUACAACGCUUUACCCACAACUGGGGACUAAAGAUACAACGCUUUACUCACGAAUCUCCCAAGAAGUACCCAUUAAUUAUAACUAACGGUUUAGUUUCGUGAUCAUUCAAACAAAUUGAAUGUGUGUUGUUUCUUCACCGUGAAAUGUUUUACCACUUAUCAAAUCCAAAAGCAAAACAGUUAAUGACAGGCAAAUUUUAUCAUAUAUUAUUUAUUACUUUUCCUGGUUCGACAUUCAUACCUCUGGGAAAACACCUAAUGUCAAUAAAGCUUCGCGCCCACAGUCAGACCUGCACUUGCAGAACGGCUUCAAGUUUAAAUCAAAAGAAGACAAAAACAAACAUAGGCAGAUCCCUUUAGAGAUUGUAUUAUUAUUGUAGCUGUCAGUUGUGAAUGAUGUAGCAAAACGCUCAAUCCUGGAAAACAUAAGCUAACAGGCUAUAUUAAAACUAUAACGCACAUAAUGAUCAAGUGUGGGCUAAAUAAAAAUACCUGCGCGAGAAGACAUAAGUGAAAGAGUAAUGAUUCCCGUAACCAUUGCGAUAUCAGUAAAGACAUCCAUAAUAGGGUUGUUCGUUUGGUUGCCGCAGGUACCGGCGGCAGCGGCAGCGUCAACAUUCUGCGUCAACUUUUGUUCGUUUCGUUGACGCAGGAACCGGCGGCAGCGGCAGCGUCCGAACUCUGCGUCCUGCGGCUGACGCCGAUAAAACCUGCGGUCGCGAUAUGAUAUGCGGCAGCGGCAGCGUCAGCGUCUACGAAACGAACAACAACUGUCUUCAUUGACGCUGCCGCUGCCGCUGCCGCCGAAACCUGCGGCAACCAAACGAACAUGGCUAAUGUCUCCAAGUUCAGAAUGCAAUCCAGGUAUUGAGAGAAGUGCUCCUGAUCAAUGUGAAGUGGGAGAGAUAAGCCCAUGCCACGCAACACGGUAGAAAAAAGUUUUAGCAAUUAAGACAGUGCUUAAGGUAAAACUAAAGACUAAUUUAAAACAAGUGAUUUACCUUCAGAAGUGCCAACAUGUGAGAGUCAGUUCAGAGUUGGAAAAUGGACAUGGCCCAUGAAGCACUUAGUUUACUUGUGGCUUUGUAUAAAAACCCCUCACACCCAACGGCAUGCCGCGAGUAGCCUGCUCAACAACUCCAAGCAACAGCAGAGCAAUAGUGGUUGAACAUCAUGACCAAACAAAAAUAAAAGUUUAUUCUUUAAAGAGAAAUCUACAUUGUCUGCGACAUAAGACGAGACCUCCGACACUACCGUAUCCACAAAACUUAUUUGAUACAUCUUUUUUUUUUUUCUUACUUAUUUGAUACAUCAUUAGUAGCUAACUGGUCAAAGACUUUAACCAGCAGCUGCAACAAUCGCUUAACUUCGACAGGCACAUCUACAGCAGCCAGGGGUAGAGAUACUAUGUCUACAGAUGAUAGACAUUCCUCUAUCGUUCUGUUUCACAGAGUGCAAUACUAAUGUCAAGUCGUCAAGAUUACCUUCAGUGGAAUUCACAAAAUCAGUUAUAGAACGACCUUCAAGAAUGAAAAUGUACUGCCCCAAAUCUUUCACGAUGUUCCAUCAAGCUCAAGCUCCGAUAGCUACCUCUAACCACCAGAUGGUUGGUUACAACAGCCUGCAAAGAGUCCUUUAACAUAAAUUGAACCCUGCAAAUGGGAACGAUCAACCAACUUUCUGAUCGCAUAGAGGCAGGGUGAAGGUCUCCCUUUCGAUACACAAGAUGACAGAAUCAAAAGGUAUGCAAUACUUGUGCUACUAUUUUGUCAUAAACCAUAUUAUGGCAAGACAAAUAGAAAUUACACAAAUAACUUUCUCUAGCGAGUGUGCCAUCCUUAGAGUCACAGUUUUGAUACAGCUCUUGGUCAAAAGGACAGGAAAGAUCCGGUCUGAAUCUAAGAAGAAUGGAACAAAACGAAUGGGAAAAGCAACAGACAGUAAUUUGAAGAUGAGUCAUAUCGUAGCAGUUACAUUCGCUUCCAAAGGACAGGGUGCAAAGAAAAGGGUUGUAAAGUGGCUUAAACUUUGAUUCUCCUUUCUUACAAUUUAAAACAAGGCCUGGCAUAAAAAAAUUCAAUUAAAGUUUACUUAUACAUGGGAAAAAGCAUUCCAACAAAACUUAUAAUAUGUCUAUUUUACUACUUGAAGAUCUUUAAUAGUUAGAAUCAAGAAAAGGCAAGGCGACAAGGGAGAAGGGAGAAGUUUGAGGCAUUCUGCUCCAAAAACUCGCAAGCUGUGAUGAUUAGUGGCUCAGCAAAUACGUCUCUCCUAAGUCAAUACAAAAACUGCUUCAGUCUGGUUGAGAUUUUUAAAAUCAUGCCAAACGCAACUCAGCAUGUACUCAAGAAACAAAACAAAUUAACAUCACUCAGCAAGGGCUGAUUCUGACGACUUAUCGUAAAACUGGAACAAAUAGGUUACAGUCUCACUACUUAGGGAUCGAAACGACAUUAGAAGAGGUGAUAAAAAUUGCGUUUAGAAACGAAGCCACAUGAGAAUGCGAAACCCACAUGUUGGCCCGGUUGUGCUAUACGAUAUAUACUCGUACCCGAAAUUGAAUUUCAUUAACCGGAAAUACAGUUUUGCGGUUUAUGAGCUUAAUUAAUACGAACCGCCUUGGUGAAACCGGUAAUGUUGACGAAACUAUUUAUUACUAGGGUUUCGUUUUGUUUUAGGUCUUAAAGAGAUAUAGAACCAUGAAGAGGGUGAAGAGGAAGGAGACGAUACAAUGUCUUACGUUGAAGGAAGAUGAAAACGACCCGUUUUCGAUUAUUCCUCUAGAUCUAAUCGUAGAGAUUCUCCUGAAAGUUCCGACCAAAUCUGUAGCUGGUCUUGUCUUCGUUUCAAAAAAAUGGUUAUCCAUAAUCAGCGGCAAAUAUUUUAUCAGUCAGUACCUGCAGGCUCGAUCUCCACCUCGGCUUCUUUUCACAGUUUUCAGCUCCGGCAUGACAGUGCAGUUCUUACAUUCAUGUUCCCAGGUUGAUCCAUCUUCUGACAGUCAUAGGGUAAACAUAACUCCAGAGAAGAAGGAGAAGAAGAACCAUGUGCAUGCUUUUUCUCCCCCAAUCCGCGGUUUGAUCUGCCGUCAAAUGGAUUCUAGAGUGAUGAUAGGAAACCCUACCACGGGCCAAGUCGUAACGUUGCCUAGACUCAAAACUAGAAGAAGAGGUGUGUUAUCCUUUUUCGGGUAUGAUCCAGUGAAUGAUGCAUACAAAGUGUUGUGCCUGACAGUACUACGAGGUCGUCAAGAACGCGAAUCACAAGUUGUGGCCAAAGAUCAUCAAGUGUACACUCUAGGAGUUGCCCAACAAAAAUGGAGAAUGGUUGAGUGUAAGCAUCCUCAUCUUCCUCCUACUCCUUCUUCCCUUACUAAUAAAGGGAUAUGUUUAAAUGGGGUACUGUAUUAUUAUGCUUGGAUAAAAAAUGAAGGAGCCUUGAUAAGCUUCGAUCUGAUAUCUGAAGAGUUUAAUGUCGUUAAGUUGCCUGAGGAUAUCCAUUGUCUAGUGAACUACACUGGAAAGGUAGCUACAACUAGGUGGCCUACCGGUAACUACACUGAAGUUCACUUGUGGGUUCUAGAAGAUGCCAGUAAGCAAGAAUGGUCUAAAGUUUCAAUUUGUGUUCCUUUUUUGAGAGAAUUAGCUGGAAAAAACCAUGGAUUCAGGUUCAGGGGUACAGUUAGUACUGGUGAGCUUAUAUUCUCACCUUUCUCUUCCCAAAAUAAGGCCCCAUUCUUUUUCAUCAGUUACAAUCUCAAGGAAAACAAAGCCCAAAAAGUUGUGAUUAGAGAAUUUGGAAGUCUUUCUUAUUACAUGGAAGUCUAUUUUGAUCAUGUCGAGAGUCCUAUGUUCUGUCAAAUCUAAGUUAAUCCGUUUUCUUUUGUUGCUUUUCAUUGAAGAUCUCAGACAGAUUGUAGUUUUGU